UCAUGGCAGUUGCGAUCGAAACAACUUUCACUUAUACGACCUUCAUGAUCAUCCUACAGUCUAUCCCAUCUACUACUCUCCCUUAACCGGCCUCUCAAUCCCUGAACAUCUAGGUACUGUGAACUUUCGUGAAACAGAAAAUCAAUAAGGAUGACCGCCGUGAAUAUAACCGAUGUCGAUGCCGUAUUGGCUAUCUACAAUUCUCUUGUCGAGCUACACUUAAACUGGUUGCUACUGAAAUACGACGAUAAUUCCGAUGAAUUUUACCUCCAUGCUUCUGGUUCCAAAGGCCUUCCUGAACUGAAACAGUCAUUCGAGGAGAGUUCUACUGUACAUAUCGCCUUCUAUAAUGAGGAAUCAUCACAAGUACAAUCGAGGCCUGGAUUUGCCUUGAUCAAUUACAUUCCAUCCUCAAUAUCAGGUAUCAGACGAGCUCGUGCUCUUGUGCAAUCGCGGCGUAUUGGAGCUCUGUUCGUCAAGACUGAAUAUGCCACAUUAACAAUUGACCAUCUUUCUAACCUCACUCCAUCUGCGAUACACCAGGCUGUCCUUCAUCCUGACGGUAUUCAUAAUAUCCGCAUCGAACGUUCAGCAUCAUCUCCAGAGCCAGUUGACCCACAAUCCACAUUAGAAUCGAUGAUUUUCCCUAUUCGGCGCUCCUUCACAGAAAACCGUGAUCCUUCUGUGAUACCAUUAAAUUAUUCUACUCCACCAAAGUCUCAAAGUCUCUUCUCCAGCAUUCUGCGUCGCAAACGCGCUACUCCCAGCACCGACGUUCCGUGGGAUAGCGAUGAAGACGUAGCACCUCCCACUCCACCCAAAGACAAUAACAGUGUUUCCAGAUCCAACUUUACAUAUACCCCCGGCGCACGACUGAGAAGCAUACCCAACUCGGAUCUUAGGAAGAGUCUUGCGGAAUUUGCAUUCAUAUCGCAUCCCAUACCCUCAUCUGACGACGAAGUCAUCGUUGAACAUCCUAAUCCUCCUCCUAAAACAUUGCAACCGCUUUCUUCAAACAAGCCUGACGGCGCUCUGUUCUCUAUCCCGCUUGACCGUAAAUGGGUGCAUGAUACUGUAUACAUCUCAGACCCCGAGGAACGUGCGCGGAGGCGAAAACUUGUUCAACAGCAGCGUGCACUAGAGGAGCAGCAGGCUUUACAGCAAGAGGCCGAACGCCAAGCACGAAUAAAGGAGGAGAAGGAGGAGCUUAAACGUCAGGAAGAGGAGGAAGAAGCUUGGAGAAAAUCCAUGCUCGAGCAGGAGCUGCAAGAAAUCAAAGCCCGACGGCGCGCGCGGGAGCAGAGAGAACAGGAAGAGGACGCAAGAAAAAAGCGGGAAAUUGAGGCGAGGAAAGAGAUGGAUAGGAAACGGAGGAUGGAAGAACAUGAAAAGUUAGAGGAAUGGCGUCAGCAAAUGGCCUGGGAGGUAGAGGCAGAGAAAAUGAAAGAAGAGGAUGAUAGGAGAAGAGCGGAUGCUGAGAGGAAGACCAAGGUCCAGAAUAUGGUCAAAGAAGUGAAAAUGGAACUGAGGUCGAGUGGGUGGACAACGGCGUGGGCGACUCUACAAACGGGUGACUCCCUUGUGUGGCGGAGACGGUACCUCAAGCUCGUUGGGAGCAAGAUCUUUAUAUAUCGAAGUCCAAAAGACAUGAACCAAACUCUCGACGAGGUGGAACUCCGAGGACAGAUCGUUGGUCUCCGCGAGCCGAAUGAAGGAUUCGAGGAGCUGAAGGCUAUCAAACACUCUUUCGCAAUUGUGUUUAAGGACGGACGGGAUCCUUGGGCUGUCUUUGGUGAUACAGAGGAAGAGAAGAUUAAGAUGUUGGGAAUGCUUCAAUAUGCAGCAGGCCUGUAACUUGAAGAGACCCUAGUAUACCCAUCUACUUGUACUCAUAAGUACUACUGUAUACCCUGUUUCAGUGUGCAUUAAGUUAAUGGAUUCGGACAGAUUUUAAUAGAG